CCAGACACUCGAUGUCUAUUGAAUUUGUAAUGUACAAAAUAUGACCGGAUGAUCAAAGCUGUUCUCGGAAAGUAUCGUUAUCCACGAGAUCUCCUCCAUACUUUGUGGUCUGAACUUCAAGAUGGUUCUACCAAGUGUUCUCAGUUCGGCUAGACAUGUAGUUCGUCAAGAAUGUCGUAGAAAUAUUGGUUUCACUGCCGUCGCUCUACAACAAGCCAAAUUAGAUCCAAUUCAACAAUUAUUUGUCAAUAAGAUCAGAGAAUAUGCACAGAAGAAAAAAUCAGCUGGUGGUAAACUGGUGGAUGCUGGUCCAGACACAGAAAAAUUAUUGGGGGAACAACUUGAAAAAUUACAGAGAAACUAUGGAGGCACUGACGCUGAAUUAAGCAAAUUUCCUGCCUUCUCAUUCAAUGACCCUAAAAUAGAAGAUAGUAAAGUAGAACGGAAACAGUAGAUGAUGAAAUGGUGGUUAUUAGUAAUUUGAUAAUUAAACUAUCACGCAUCAACACCUGAUUUUAGUUGACACUAUGAUAUUGUAAAUACUGUGAAGUAAAUCUAAUUUUGAAACUGAU